UGUGCGGCUAUUGUGCGGCUGCUGAGCAGCCAGCUGGGGGCGCUUGGUGGCUUCUGGCCAAUCCACCCCUCUCCUCCCGCGCGAGGGGGCAACCCCAGCCUGACUGGGAACAUCGAGCCCAAAUCUACCGGGGGUUACACUCAAAGUCUUCCCCCCGUCUUUCCACUCCGCUCAACUUCUCCACUUUUUGCCUACCGGAAACGCCGCCCCUUCCUCCUACAGUUCCGCCUGCCAGUCCCUCGACUCUUGUUUUCCUUCGCGCCCAGAGUGACGCUAAGGACUCCCUCCUUUUUUACAGUCCCUCCCCCUGCACGCAGGGAGAUUGUUGGAUGGGAUGAAGUGGAGCCCAGGGAGAGAGAGAAAACCAAUGGGAUUGGAUAAGCAGCUGCCAUGGCAACUGGAGGCUUUGGUUGUAUUGUCAUAGUAACCAAUGUAUGCUGACCGGGUGACCCUCCCUUGGCGAAUGGAUUCCCGGGAAGGCUUGGAGAGGCCGGGCCUGCGAAGAAGCAGGGCCUGAAGGCUGGCGGACGGCGGGCGGCGCUGAGCUGCGAGGCGGACGAGGGGUUUCCCCACUACUGUCUCGGGCUCUGGAAGGCGGGAUCCCACCAGGACGGGGUCCCUGAGGGAGGAGAACGGCACACGACAGCCGCGAUCCCUCUUCUGCUGAGGACAAGACUUUUCCCAGCGGAUGACCCCUUAUAGAAAUCUCUCAACCCUCCCCUCCACCCCCAAACACACCCUCGGCUACCGAGCCUCCUCGGAGUUCCCAGCGCGGCCUUCCAGAGCCAACCUCCCCGCAAGGAUGCCAGAGUGAGAGUGGGAACACAUACUAGAAGGCUAACGAGUGAAGAGACUUUCAAGAUCCCUGAGACCGCACUUAUUAAAGGACUGGAUCAAUGUAUAUUUGGAACGUGGUGUGUAAGUUUGAAGGAAGUGAAGGCACUGUCCAGGGUAUUAUGGAUACCACGAUGAAAAAGACUUGGUGCCUGUCUUGAAGGAACCUACCUUCUGGUAGAGAUACCAGAGAGUAGAGAAGUAAUUAGGAUGAAAUAUGAUGGGGCAGUAAUUAAGACACAUCGAGACACAAAAAGGAGGCGACCCCUGGAUCAGCGCGAGGGACCCAUCCGCACCAUGACCGAGACCACCAAGACCCAUGUUAUCUUGCUUGCCUGCGGCAGCUUCAAUCCCAUCACCAAAGGGCACAUUCAGAUGUUCGAAAGAGCCAGAGAUUAUCUGCACAAAACUGGAAGGUUUAUCGUGAUUGGCGGGAUCGUCUCUCCUGUCCACGACUCCUACGGAAAGCAGGGCCUUGUGUCAAGCCGGCAUCGUCUCAUCAUGUGUCAGCUGGCUGUCCAGAAUUCUGAUUGGAUCAGGGUGGACCCCUGGGAGUGCUACCAGGACACCUGGCAGACGACCUGCAGCGUGUUGGAACACCACCGGGACCUCAUGAAGAGGGUCACUGGCUGCAUCCUCUCCAAUGUCAACACACCUUCUAUGACACCUGUGAUCGGACAGCCGCAGAAUGAGACCCCCCAGCCCAUUUAUCAGAACAACAACGUGCCCGCCAAGCCCACUGCAGCCAAGAUCUUGGGAAAGGUGGGGGAGAGCCUAAGCCGGAUCUGCUGCGUCCGCCCGCCCGUGGAGCGCUUCACCUUUGUGGACGAGAAUGCCAACCUUGGCACAGUGAUGCGGUACGAGGAGAUUGAGCUGCGGAUCCUGCUGCUGUGUGGCAGUGACCUGCUGGAGUCCUUCUGCAUCCCGGGGCUCUGGAAUGAGGCAGAUAUGGAGGUGAUUGUUGGGGACUUUGGGAUCGUGGUGGUGCCUCGGGACGCAGCUGACACAGACCGAAUUAUGAAUCACUCCUCAAUACUCCGUAAAUACAAAAACAACAUCAUGGUGGUGAAGGAUGACAUCAACCAUCCUAUGUCUGUCGUCAGCUCAACCAAGAGCAGGCUGGCCCUGCAGCAUGGGGAUGGCCAUGUCGUGGAUUACCUGUCCCAGCCGGUCAUCGACUACAUUCUCAAGAGCCAGCUGUACAUCAACGCCUCGGGCUAGCGGCCACACAGCCUUCUGCUCCACUCUCCCCUCGUCCUCCGCCAAAACACCGGCCCCUCCAGUCUGUCAGUCCCCCUGUUUCUCUCCUGCCUCUCUGUUUGUCCAUCUCCUCAUCUUGACUGUUCUCCCCCUCCGCUGACUCAACCCUCCACAGUGUGGGGGACCUGCAGAGAACCACGGCAUCCCCCAUUCCGCAGUCAUCUUUGGACAAACUUUCCUCUAGUCUCCGGGUUGGGAGUGGGUGAGGGAAUAGGGGUGGGAAUUGGGGGGAAGUGCAGUCUUUGGAGAUGUGCGGGCAUCCAUAUCCCAGCAUGCUCUGGGGAGGUGGCUGUGGUGCCCAUCCUCCCAGCAUGCUCUGGGGAGGUGGCUCUGGCUCUUGCCUUCCCAGCAUGCCCUUUACCACAAAGGGCUAUUUUUCUUUUUCUCUCUUCUUUGAUUUCUUUUUGUUUUGUUUCUUGUUUUGUUUUGAUUUGUUUUUUAUUGUUGUUAUUCACCCCUCCUAGAACUUGGAUGAAAUCAGUGUCCAUGGUUCUUUAUGUUUGUAGACUUGAUGCAUUCCUGUGGAAUUACGUCCCUUCGCUAGGAGACUGUAGCCAGCCUCAACACUCAGUAAGUGCGCAAGGGCCACACCCAGUGACGGAAGUCAAGCCACCUCCGCUUUCCCGACAGCCCCCCACACCCAUCUACCUACUCACUCGCCCCCUAACCCCCUCUUCCCCCACAGCAGCAGCAGCAGCAGCCUGGGGUCAGGAGUGAGACUUUCAAGUUCUGAAACCUGGGAGGCAAGUCUGGGAAUAGUAGGGUUUUGUAGAAGAAUUUGAGUCCAUUUCUUUGGCUUCAAAAGACUAUUUUCCUGAUGCUCUGGGCCUAUGCUCACACAGAGCCGGUCCAUCUCCAUUUCCUGGUGGCCUCUGUACAGUUACUUAUUUGGCCUGUGACUGAUGGCAGAGUGUGGGUUUCCUGCCAGCCAGGCUUAUCCAAGGAUCCUUCAGAUCACCAUCUAAGCCAUUGGAGGCCAUACAUAGCCACAUCCCUCCAUCUGAGAAGGAUCAUACACGCAAGGCCAAAUCUUAAUAAUGCAGUCAUUUCUGAAAUAAAACAUGCUAGGAAUUCGCUCA